AUGCCAGUCUCUCUUGAGCAUGUGGAUGCAUGUCUCCCAAUAUCAGCCUUGAAGGUGUUUCAAUGCUACGAGCGUGCUUUCAUUCUUGAAGGGCAGGGGCCAUAUUUUCGAGUGGUCGAUGACCAGAGUGGCAACGUCUCUGCUCAUGUCCAGGCAUUCAAACGCAACCAUGUUCAUGGCUUUAUCAACUUUCCUUGCCCGCAGAAAAGCGAAGAUGACUUAUACUGCAGGAAAAUUAUGGUUUGGGGUGGUAAAUCGCUGAGAGUCAUCAAAAUUUCCAUUGAUCGAAACUAUGGAGUCACAUUAGCAGUGUCCAGUGCUGAAUUCCUCACCCCAGACUGGCUUAUGAGCGGUUGCGCUGCUGUUGCAGGACAGCCCAACACAGCUUUCCUCAUCACUGCAAACAAUGCGCUCCUAAUGGCCAAAGUUGAAGACGGCUACUAUGCGCAGUAUAGCAAGAGAAUCUGCAUUUAUCAGCUCGUAACGAGUGUAAAGUGCAUUUUGUACGCUGCUGACAUCGUGGCUCUUUCGCCUUCUCAUGUCCUGAUUGCUUCGGGAACCGCCUUUGGCGAGAUUGUGGUUUGGUCUUGUUUUAUAAUUGAAAACGAGCCAAGUCAGCUCAAGGCAGUUGGUUCUAUUCAUCACUACUUCACUGGUCACGAUGGGUCUGUAUUUGGAGUGCGAAUCUUUCCAAAUAUCUCAUCUUUGAACGGCGGUCGCUCUGGCAGGUUGCUGGCAAGCUGCAGUGAUGACCGGACUGUGAGAAUCUGGGACAUAACCGAUUGCGAGACAAAAUCUCCCAAGGACCCAUCUGCCUACUCCACAGAUGGCUUUGAGCUCCGAAGCACUGGAUAUGGCAGCGGUCUUGGAACCGAGGCAUGUGUUGCGAAGGCUUUUGGUCAUGCUGCUCGUAUCUGGAAUGUUAUUCCAUGCCCAGCUGAGGAAGAUAAUCCAAACACCCUAGGUCUAGUCUCUCGAGGUGAGGAUCGGACCUGUGUAGUGUGGGAACUCAGCUGGGAGACGCCAUCUUCUGGUACCACAAAGUAUCAGCUUCGGGAGAUGUCCUCAGCUCAACCUCAUUUGGGACGACACAUCUGGGCUUUUGAUCUCUGUGAGCAUGGUGUAGAGACGAUAGUCUAUACUGGCGGUGCUGAUGGGGCUUUGAAAAGUUUCAAAGUCAGGAAACAUGUGUUCUCUCCGUCGCAGUACAAUACUCCGGGCCAAAAUAAUCCUACAAGCCAGAAGAAAAUUUCCGACCCUGAUGCGCCUAGAACAAUCGAUUUCGUCUCUCCGGACUGUCUGAUUGCUUGCUCUCUGCGCAGCGAGCUCCGUCUUGGACACGUGAGCCCAACGGACAACGCGAAAGUUACGUGGGAGACGCUUUGUACUGCAGAAGAUCUCCGGUCAUACUCGCUGAUUACUGGGAUUCCAACUCAGCGACUAGCUUUGAUUGCCAACUCGCAAGGAUUGGUCAGGCUCUACAGUCACAGCACGAGAUCGGUCAUUGAUUUGGUGAAUCUAGGCAAGCGUCCUCGGAGUAUUCUGAUUGCCCACGAACAGGCGCUGUCUGAUCACAUUUCAAUUAUUGUUCACUACUACGCUGGUGAAGAAGCCACUUUGAUGACUGUCACAGGCUGGGAAACCAGUUGCCCACAAGCUGAGGUGCGACCCUUCAGUUUACCGAAAGCGCCAUAUAUCGUGACUGCGGCCGCUUUGUUGUACAAUGGCAAGUAUUUGCUACUUGGGUCCGAGCUUGGAGGUCUGGCAGUGUACCAGACUGCAGGUCUUGGUCUUUCUUCCAAGCCAUUGGUAGACAAAAGGCGAAUCCAUGGCCACGAGGGCACCACCUCUAUUCGGGCUGUGAAGCCAGCCGCCGGAGAGCAGGAAUACAUUUUAACAUGUGGACGUGAUGGCAAUUACUGUUACCAUGAACUACAGGUGAGAGAAAGUGAAAGCGUUACUGUCUCACUCGAAACACUCGAUCAGACCUCUUCGGGUCUCGGCCAAGACCUUUGGGGUGUGUACCUAGAAGAGGUAACUGGUGAUCUCAUGGUAUACGGGUUUCGAUCGCAGAACUUUGUCCUGCGAAACGAGACAAUACAACAAGAUGUCAUCUCCAUCGCCUCAGGCGGCGCUCGCAGGGUCUGGUCAUACCAGCCCGGUACGGAAACCAGCAAGCCCCUGCUGGCUUGGCUCGAGAAACCCAAUCUGCAAGUGAUGCGCAUUCAAACCGACGCCAACCGUUCUAUUCGGGCUGGUGGGCAUGGACGAGAAAUCAGGACUAUGGACGGAAUGAGCGCUGUCCAAGGGAGAGGAUCAUACUUUGCUACUGGAGCAGAGGAUACCAUCGUACGCAUAUUUGCGGCAUCGAGCCAAGCAAAUGAAGGCCCAUGGGGCUCAUUCAAGUGUCUGCGCAUUUUGGACAAGCAUCGGUCAGGGAUUCAACAAGUAAGCUGGUCAAAAGAUGGCCGAUACCUUUUCACCAGUGCUGGACAAGAGGAGGUUUUUGUAUGGGGAAUUACCUGGCUUCCUUCCUGUGACAUCUCCGUGAAAAUGGUAGCCGAUUGUCCGAAGAGUGACCCAGACUCCGAGAUGCGGAUAACAAGUUUCGAUUUGGUCGAAGUGGAAGAAUCUCAUGCUGGAAAGGGGUUCCUUCUCUGCUUGACACUGUCCAACUCAACUAUCAGGAUCUUCCACUUCUCGCCCUCUGAACUAUUCCGAUUUACCCUGUUGGCUCAGGGGACGUACAUGACGAACUGCCUGACCCAAACAAAACUUUGGGUGAAGGAUUCCUCGGUGAAUCUCAUAACAGCCGCAACAGAUGGCUACUUCACCCUCUGGGACUUGACCGACACACUCGAAUCAUUCUAUGACAUCUCGUCAUCUAUUCUCAAAGCGAAACGGUCGUUUGAAGGUUCUUCUAUCAUACCUGAGGAUAUCGCCUGUGAAAGCAGAUAUCGAGUCCACUCCAAUAGCACCAAAGCAAUGGAACUGGUGCCUCUUUCAGAUACGGCCGCCGUCAUUGUGACUGCAAGCGAUGACUGCUCAAUAAACGUGUCACUUUUGAGGACCCGCUCCGCGGAUCCUGAUGCCGAUGAGAUCGGCGUCAACGCGUGUGUGUCGACCGUCUCCAUUCCAGACGCUCAUGCAGCAUCAGUGACAGCCCUGAAAAUUCUUCGCCAAGAGGUUUCAGCCACUGCCUCCGGGCUACCCGUCUCAAGGCUGACCUUUGUGACUUCUGGCAAUGACCAUCGGUUGAAGCUAUGGUCUAUCACAGUGGAUCCCACAAAACAGGGCACAGAAGGAAUGAUUGUGGAAUUUUUGUUGGAUAGAUACAGUGCCGUGGCUGAUAUCGCCUCUCUGGGGUUCCUGCCAGAACUCGAUUCUCAGUCAGGAAAAACACAAGGAAAGCUACUCGUCGGUGGUGCUGGGAUGGAAAUGUUGGAGGCCAGAUUGAUGUGA